AAAACUAUAUAACUUGCCACUGUGCGCAACAAGUCGAAUUGCCGCAUAGUUUUUUUUAGCAGUUGCAGAUUCGCGAACACAUAACACAGUCCCCAGAACAAAGUUCUUCCAAAAUCCACAUAAAAUAGAAUAAUAGUUAAGCAUAAAGUGAACUUCGAACAAAUUUAAAGGCUGUGCAAUGUCGGCAACCAGAUUUCUGAGUGCAGUUGGACAAAUAUCCCGGCAGCAGUUGUUGCAGAAUAAGUGCACCAGAGCCCUGCCCGUUUCGAGCCAGCUGCUCCUCCAGCAGCACCGCCGCCUCAUGUCCACCAACCCCGCUCCCGCUGUGGCCGCUGCCAACAAACAUCUGCACACCAAGGUGGUUAACGGUGUCCUGGUCAUCCGGUUCGACUCCCCCAACGCCAAGGUCAACUCCCUGGGCAGCGAGGUCAGCAAUGAGUUCGAACGCGUCAUCAAGGAUCUGGAAACGAACCCCGCCGUCAACUCGGCGGUGCUCAUCUCCGGCAAGCUGGGAUGCUUUGUGGCUGGAGCCGAUAUCGGUAUGCUGGAGAACUGCCAGACAGCGGAGGAGGCCACCCUGAUCUCCCACGGGGCUCAGCUGAUGUUCGACCGCAUGGAACGCAGCCGGAAGCCCAUUGUGGCCGCCAUCAACGGCGUCUGCCUGGGCGGUGGUCUGGAGCUGGCCCUGGCCUGCCACUACCGCAUCGCCACCAAGGACAGCAAGACCAAGCUGGGCUUGCCGGAGGUCAUGCUGGGUCUCCUGCCCGGCGGUGGCGGCACUGUGCGUCUGCCCAAGCUCACCUCCGUGCCCACGGCCCUGGAUCUGGAGCUGACCGGCAAGCAGGUGCGCGCCGACCGUGCCAAGCGACUGGGCAUUGUUGAUCUGCUGGUGGAUCCCCUCGGACCUGGACUCCAGCCGGCCGAGCAGAACACCAUCGAGUAUCUGGAGAAGACUGCCGUGCAGGUGGCCAGUGACCUGGCCAGCGGAAAGAUCCGCGUUAACCGCGAGAAGACCGGCCUGGUCAACAAGAUCCAGUCCUUUGUGAUGGAAACCGAUUUCGUGAAGAACAAGAUCUUCGACACGGCCAGGAAGCAGGUCCUGAAAGCCUCCAAUGGACUCUAUCCCGCUCCCCUCAAGAUCCUCGAUGUGGUGCGAGCUGGCGUGGACAAGGGCUCCGAGGCGGGCUAUGAGGCCGAGCGCAAGGGCUUCGGUGAGCUGUCUGCCACGCCCGAGUCCAAGGGCCUGAUCGCCCUUUUCCGUGGCCAGACGGAGUGCAAGAAGAACCGCUUCGGCAAGCCAGAGCGGCAGGUCAAGACUGUCGGUGUCCUGGGUGCUGGCCUGAUGGGCGCCGGCAUCGUCCAGGUGUCCGUCGACAAGGGCUACCAGGUGGUGAUGAAGGACGCCACCGAAGCCGGCCUGGGCCGCGGCAUCGGUCAGGUGCAGAAGGGUCUGGAGACCGCUGUGAAGCGCAAGCGAAUCUCGGCCCUGGAACGCGACCAGACCCUGGCUAACCUCCGACCCACCCUGGACUACAGCGACUUCAAGAACGCGGACAUCAUCAUUGAGGCCGUGUUCGAAGACAUUAAGAUUAAGCACAAGGUGAUCAAGGAGCUGGAGGCUGUGGUGCCCGAGCACUGCAUCAUUGCCACCAACACCAGCGCCAUUCCCAUCACAAAGAUUGCCGCCGGCAGCUCCCGUCCCGAGAAGGUUGUGGGCAUGCACUACUUCUCGCCCGUGGAUAAGAUGCAGCUGCUGGAGAUCAUCACCCACCCAGGCACCUCCAAGGACACCGUGGCCCAGGCCGUGGCUGUGGGCCUCAAGCAGGGCAAGGUCGUCAUCACCGUGGGCGAUGGUCCUGGUUUCUACACCACCCGCAUUCUGGCCACCAUGCUGUCGGAAGCCAUAAGACUGCUCCAGGAAGGCGUGGAUGCCAAGGAUCUCGACCAGUAUACCAAAAAGUUCGGCUUCCCCGUGGGUGCCGCCACCCUGGCCGAUGAGGUCGGCAUCGACGUGGGCUCCCACAUUGCCGUGGAUCUGGCCAAGGCCUUCGGCGACCGUUUCAGCGGCGGCAACCUGGAGGUGAUGAACGACCUGGUCCUGGCCGGCUUCCUGGGCCGCAAGUCUGGCAAGGGCAUUUUCCUCUACGAUGGCCAGUCGAAGGGCUCCCGUCCGAUCAACAACGACGCCCUGGAGAUUGUCAAACAGAAGUACUCCCUGGUCUCCAAGGGCGCCAACACACCCGAAGACCUGACCCUCCGCCUGGUGUCGCGUUUCGUCAACGAAGCUGUGCUCUGCCUGGAGGAGAAGAUCCUCGAUAGCCCACUCGAGGGAGAUGUGGGCGCUGUCUUCGGCCUGGGCUUCCCGCCAUUCUCCGGCGGACCCUUCCGCUGGGUCGAUCAAUACGGAGCCGGAAAGCUGGUCAGCAAGAUGCAGUCGUACGCCGAGCUCUACGGCGCUCCCUUCAAGCCCGCCCAGACCCUCCUGGACAUGGCCAAGGACCCAUCGAAGAAGUUCUACCCCAAGACUGGCUCCUCGAAAUUGUAGAUCCGAUCCGAUAUCAGCCAACGAUACUUAGCUUGUAGUUCGAAGACAGGGCGUGUCCCUGGGCAUUUCUCUUGUAGUGGGCAUAGCCCCCCAUCCAGAACAUCCUCUGAAGAAGUCAUCCGAUUUCUUAAAAUAUUAAAUAUAUAGUUUGUCGUA